AUGGUGAAAAAUGGGAGCCACCCAGUUACGAGCAUGGGUGGACUCGUUUCGUCCUAUGUCGUUGGCCAUCUGACCUCAUACCCGGUCAAUUUGUCGAUUACGCCUGACAUUGUCAAGGACGCGAAUAAUAGGCUCAAAUCACUUGAGAAGAAGAACCAGCUCUGGGCGCAUGAUUUUCUUCUGAAAGUCGACGAGUUUGGCGUAGAAUUGGCAGCAGAAGCGGACAGAAUCUCCGAGAAAAUCCCGCUGAACCAGGUGAAAUCUGUAAAGCAGGGAUUUCCGCUGGAGAAAUACAAGGAGAUCCUUCUCAUCCUCGUCAAAGAGGGAUCCAAUUACGAGCUACAGUGUCUCUCCUGUGUUGAUUGUUAUGCCCGAGACGUCGCAGAAGAUAUCGAAAGUGCAAUUGCUGAUUCUAAGCAAAAAAAUUCCAACAACUACAUUCGACCAGGCACGCUCUCACGACAGCGUCAAAGGAGAGAGCUAGAAGGUGGCACUUUCGACAUUAUUCCACCGCCACCGGCUGUGCCUCCACCGGCACUCCCAGUUUCAGACUCAGUCAAGCAAAAGAUCGACCGAAUCAGGCAAACUGCAAUUUAUCAUCAUCCGGAGUUCGAGACAAAUGGGAAUGACUCCGCCGAUUAUAAUGCUCUUUUUCAGUACAGAGUUGACAGAAACGUCCUCAUUCUGAACCAUUGUCUUGAUGACAUUGAAGCCUUCGCUGGACAGCUUCAGAAAGCUGCUGAAGCUCACAAGCAGCUUUCAGUCAAGUCGAAAAAGUCGAAAAGCUCCUCCACGGGGUCCCUUUCUCGCUCGAUCUAUUCGCAGCGAGCUCGACCGCCACCUAAAGAGGCCUAUCUCGACAUUUUUGCGAAGCAAAAGUUUUGUUUCAACCUUCUCGGCGAGCUCCAAGGUCACAUUCAAAAUCCAUCUGCUGAAGAGCUCUGCCACUAUCUUUUCAAGCCGCUGAAAAUGAUUAUUGCUUCGUGCGGUGGGCCAACUCUUGCCCAGGGAGUUUUGACUCCUCUUCAUACUGAGAAGGCUUUGCGACUUUUGAGAGAGAAUAUGAACUCUUCAGAAGCGGAAUUGUUCUUUUCCCUCGGCGAAAAAUGGACGAGAAGCCAGGAAUCAUGGGCAAAUCAAAAUGAGAUCGAAGAAUAUCAUCCCGAAUUCAACUCUGGCUGGAUGGCUCCUCCAGUAAAGCCCCCGCCACAAGAAAUCCCCGAGAUCGCGCCCGAAAUGACCCAAACAGAAAUCAUCCUCUUCAACUGCCGCGUUACACGAGAUUUUCAAGGGCGCAAUGAGAUGGAAUUGUCUGUCCUUAUCGACGAUGUCGUUCAUAUUCUCGACGACAAUCGACUCUGGUGGUACUGUAGGAUGGAAAAUGGACAGAAGGGUUAUCUUCCUUCCAAGAUCUUGAGUCGAAUUAAUCAUCGGAAACCGAGCACUGUCACUUCCGAGCCUUCCGAUAUCGCCCCAGAGUCGCCCAACUUCACUGGGUCGGGAUUCUUGAUCCCUGGCUUCGCUGCAUCGUCCAGUUACGCUCCAUCGUACGCACCACCGUCAGAAAGCGUGAAUUCUCCAACUCCACCUCCGAUGACCGCUGCCCCAACUCCUCCCCCGCCCCCAGCACCAGCUCCAGUUCCAGUAGCAUCCACCCCAAGAGCGACUCCAGUUCAAAAAACAGUCACAGCCGCGGCGAUUUUGGCGAGAAAAGAGCAGCUUUCGAAGCCCGCUACGCCCCCUCCCAAGAAAGAGGAAGAACGGCUCGUCGUUGACGACGAAUUCAAAGACGAGCUCGACAAUAGAGUCAAAAAUUCCAACGUCAAUCGCCAAUUCAAACUUCCUUCCAGGACAAAAUCGAUUCCCAGCGCGACAAUUACGAAGAAAUCCGCACCCAGAGAGGUCAAACGAUGGCUCCAGUCUUGCUCCUUUUCACAUAUCACUGUCGAAUCGCUAGGAGAUUUGAAUGGAUCUCAAAUCUUUAGCUUGACGAAAGAUGAGCUCAGACAGAUCUGCGACCAUGAAGGUAAUGUUGUCUACAGCAAGCUCAAAAUCCAAGAGAACCUGAACCAGCAAAAAGGCACCUUUUCGACGAAAGAACUGCAGGCAAUCCUCUCCAAGCGUCGCCAAAUGACGCACGAUUCAGAAAAUCAACUUAGCCGAUCACCACCGGUGCGGCUUCUUCUCAGUUUUAAAAACGCUCCCUUUCUCGACUGA